AUGAUGCCCCUUGUGCGUCGUUGUUGCUGGGACCACGCGACGCUGCCGUAUGUCCCUGAACGGCCGUGUUUGUUGUACUAUCUUAUUCCCGGCGACACAGUGCCGCGGGUGGCGGUGCCUAAUGCCCGUGGCGAGUACCCGCAUUUGAUACCGGGUAUGCCGUACCUUGAAGAGGUGGGUGACGAGGACGUGGAAGAGUGUGAAGGUUCUGAACGGCUAACAGUGCCGAUUCUGGAAUUUUCUCCCCCAACCAUUCGGGCGGACGCGGCCACACAAGUGGAGUGGAAUGAACUUCCCGUGCCACCACCGGCACAUCUGCAGCGGUUUGUGGCUCCACCGCAAGGAAAAUGA